CAGCCCCACAUCCACCCCCGGACGCGCCAUAAUAUCAUGGCAUCUCUCCGGGGAAGGGAGCUACCUGAUUGAUUGACACAUUGUGCAUAUCCACUUCCAAUCUCAUUUGUGGGUUCUCUCUUGUACCUGAGGUAGCUUGCCUGUCGCCCGGCGCCGGUUGUGACAUGGACAUGGGAAGGGGGAUGGGGAUGGGGAUGGGGAUGGCGAGGGGGAUGGGGAUGGACAGGGAGGAGGGGCUCAACCUCAGCUUGUCACUGCAGCGGUCGCCUUCGUCUCCGCCAAGGUUCCAGGCGGUGUUCGCCUGCUGCUACUGCCCCAGGAAGUUCAGGAGCUCGCAGGCGCUCGGCGGCCACCAGAACGCGCACAAGGUGCAGCGCAACCUGGCCAGGCGAGGCCGGGACGCCACCACCGCGCUGUCGUUGGCGUCGGCAGCAGAGCAAGGUAAGGCCGCCCUGGAUGACGACAGCGCCCCGCUGCGCCCAGCGGACCACGACGCCGCCGACGCGUGGGGAGGAGGGAGGGUCCACCCUCCUCGUCGCCAGCUGCAGGGCUCGGGAGCAGCCUCGUCCAGUGCGGCAAGUGGUAACGAAGAGCUUGCGGAUGAGAUGAUUGACCUGAACCUGAAGCUAUGAUUGAUCGGUGCAGGAGCGUGAGCUAGCUAGCUUGGCCCUAGCGGCAUGAAGCCAUGAAGUACCUCUCUUCCAUUUGUUUCAUUUCUGCGCGUCAUUUCUUGUGUGUGUUUCUGCUAUCGCUUAUCAGGUUAAUUAUUAUUGUUGCCUUGUUGGCUGGUUUCUGCUUUGGGAUUCACACUGUACUCGAUAUUCAGGUAUCUCAAUGCAUGGAUUGUUAAGUAGCUA